UUGUAAACCAGGUUAGUUUUUUUUAUUUUUUAUUCUAUUUUAGUUCUUAUGAUUUUCUUGAAAGUUCCUUUUUAAAAAAAUAUUAAAUUCCUGCUCACUAAAAAUAAAACUUCUGUCUGGUGUAUGUACAGAUCAAUCUAGAGGUGUGUCAAACACUGGGCAUCAGCAGGAGCUUAUGUGCACCAUACCAUCCGCAAACGAAUGGUCUGGUAGAGAGGCUUAAUGGCACAAUUCAGAGAACUUUGAGCAAGCUGGUGGAAAGGAAGCCAAGCUUGUGGGCAGAUUAUUUGGAGGCCACGAUGUUUGGCUUGCGAACCAAAAAACAGCUGACCACCAAAUUUUCGCCAUAUUUUUUACUUUUUGGACGCGAGGCUAGGUAUCUAUGCGAGGUACCAGACAAAUUUGAGAUCAAUGACAGUGUUGAGGAACUGAUAGCAGAGGAGUGCAUUUCAGAAAGUGUAAAACGACAGGACCGAAUAUACCAGGUUGUCAAGGACAAUAUGGCGCAGGUUCAUGCUAAAGUUAAAAGAAAGCUACAAGGAAAGUCCAGGGUCCUGCAGGUUGGAGACAGAGUGUUGCGGCAAAACAUAAGGAGUCAGCAACGAAAGGGAGGCAAGCUUGACCCGGAUUAUGUUGGCCCAUACACGGUUCUAAAUGUGGAUGACAAAAGCAUUGAUCUCACUGAUGACAAUGGAAAAAUCUAUCCCAAAGUGAACCUUGACCACUUGGUGCACUUCAAAGAAGAACCGCCAGCAAAAAUUCCCAAAGUCACACGUCACAACAUCCUUACCUGCCACUAUGCCUUCAGUUCCUGUUCUAACGCCAGUCACUGUCAAGUGCCCACCUUUUCAAACCCAUCUUGUAUUCACCCAUCCUGUUACUUUGCCAGUUACACAAUUUACCCUGCAUAAUUUGCCCAUCACACUACCUAUUG